AUGGAAGAUAAAAGCCAGAGCGAAGUACUCACAAAAAAAAAUCUAACAAAAAUAAUAGAGUCUGGCGAACCAACCAACGUCAAACAAUUAAAAUUGAAAGUGUACAAAAAAAGGUGGCUAAUGUUAAUUAUCUUCAUGAUUUAUGCUGGAUCAAAUUCUCAAUGGAUAGAAUACUCGAUUAUAACCAACAUAGUUAUUAGGUAUUAUGGAGUGUCUUCGAUGAUGGUUGACUGGACCUCGAUGUCAUUUAUGGCAUUUUACAUAGCAUUUAUAUUUCCAGCGUCGUACAUGACAGACAAAUGCGGUCUGCGAUGGACUAUCACUAUAGGCGCCGGUCUUAACUGUCUUGGUGCCUGGAUAAAAACAUUGUCCAUUCAACCCGAUAGAUUCUACGUUGCUAUCAUCGGUCAUUCAAUAGUCGCUCUUGCGCAGACUACAGUGCUACCAAUACCAGGACGAUUGGCCGCGCAAUGGUUUCCUCCUACCCAACUCUCGACCGCCACAUCUUUGAGUAUUUUUGGCAAUCAAUUUGGAGUGGCGUUGUGUUUUCUUUUAGGGCCUAUAAUAGUGAAAAAUCAUGACAAUUUGGAUGAUAUCGGCAAAGAUUUGUCACGUUUAUGCUGGAUGGUCGCAAUCGUCUGCACAAUUGCAUUCGCUCUUGUGCUUACGUUAUUUCAGAACGAACCAAGACUACCGCCGAGCGAGACACGGGCAUUGCAAAAAAUGAAUCGGAUGAAGAAAAGAGAGGAAUUCGUGGAGCCGAUUAAAGGGCUUUGCAGAAACAAAAACUUUAUCAUGCUUUGUAAUUCCUAUGGUUUGAACGUUGGUGUAUUUAUUGCUGUGUCUACUUUACUCAAUCAGAUAUUUAUCGAUCAUGUAUUUUAGAAUGGAGAAGAAGAUGCAGGCAGAAUUGGUUUAAUCAUAAUUCUCACCGGUAUGGCCGGUUCUAUUAGUUUUGGUAUCAUCCUUGAUAAAACGCAUAAGUACAAAUACUUUAUGUCGGGUUAUCUGAUCAUAGGAUAUGAUUUGUGCACCGAAUUUACAUAUCCAGAAUCGGAAAAUAUGUCUGCGGGAAUACUCAAUAUAACAACCAGUCUUUACAGCAUGAUACUCAUUAUAUCGUUAGGAUUAUUAAUGAAUACGUACGGUGACAUUCCGGUACACAUCGGCUUAUGUUUGGCUUUGCUGCUCGGUUUCAUUUUAACCACUAUAACAAAAGAUGAGCAAAGACGACAAGAUGCGAGAAAGAAGGCUCAGUAUGAAGGAAUCACGAAAAUUGAAAACAAUAUCGAUGGUCUCAUCCUCGUCCUCCUUUAUAUCGGACUAGCGGUGACAUCAGAUUUAUCAGGAUAUAAGCCCAGGGGUUGGCGUCCUAAUGGCCGGCAUUUUAAUCCCUACAACAAUCGAUUGCAUGCGUAUUACGAUGCUCCGGGAUUACAAAGCUACGGACCCCCGGAUACCGCAGCUAUCUAUCGCGACCCGUUAUUCACCACGACCACGACCAUACGGCCACGAACCACCACUGUAAAAAUCACGACAACACCUCGCAGUAGAGAACCCACAACAGCGCCGAACGAACAAUCCGAGGACGAUUUUGAGACAACGAAUCCAGCUCUAGCGAUCGCGAAUUCUUUCGCGUUUAAUCGGCCUGUGUAUGUCUACAAUACCUUUCCUUUUUUACCGGCUCAGAUUAUUGUAUAGAUAAUAAUACAAAACGAAGAGUAUCUGUA